CAAAUGUUGUUGGGUCAUCAAAAAUCAAUGGAUGGUUCUAAUUCACCCAAGACGUGGGCCUGUAAGAUCAUCAACCAGUCCUCCUUAUCCAAAUCCACUGUUACCCGCAACUUUUCUCUGUUUCUCUAUUCCUGGAAGCUCUUUCGAGCAAAUGGAAGUUCCUACUUUUCAUACCCCAUUUCAAUUGUCAAAUGCUUUCAAAUCUCCAAGUUUUAUGAACAAUGAACAAUCGAAGAUAGCUUUGUUGAGGAACUUGGGUCACAGGCUCCCGGCCCUGAUAGUGAAAAAGGUGCCCAGAAGACCGCUUCUGCAGUUUGUGGUAUUCAAUCCUAUCUUUCUAAAUGUCUAUCCUGUUCUUGGUGCACCAAAUCCGGAGAUGAAGGAACCUGAAGUAAUUCGGACCCAGAAGCUUGCUAGUGGAGUGAGGAUACAAGAUAUAAUUGAAGGGGAAGGGCCAGAGGCUCAUGAAGGAAGUCUGGUUGAAGUUAAUUAUGUAUGCCGGCGAUCCAAUGGCUAUUUCGUUCAUAGUACCAUUGAUCAAUUUAGUGGAGAAAGCAGUCCUGUUAUACUUCCUCUGGAUGAGAACCAGUGUUAUCAUUCCGUUACACAGAUAAUAAAGGGUCUGAAGGAGGUAUUGGUUGGCAUGAAGGUUGGAGGGAAGAGAAGAGCACUAAUACCUCCUUCUGCAGGAUACACUAACGAGAACUUACAACCAAUCCCUGAUGAGGUUUUGCGAUUUUUAUCCCUUAUCUCCUCAUCAUCACUAAUGAGUAAUCAAGAGAAUUUGGUUUUGCUGAAGAAAUUUAAGCUCACAUAGGCCAUAUAUAUUAUGCAUAUUGUUACGCUAUGGUUGUUGUUUGCAGUUUGGCCCUCGACGCAGCCUUUUCUCUCAUGCCAACGAGCCUUUGGUAUUUGAAGUGCAGCUUUUGAAAGUGUUGUGAGUUUAUCAUUGUUAUAAUCCCAGUACGAAUUUCGCUUCUGUAAGAUUGAUUUUUGGGGUGUUUUUGUUCCAUUGUCUCGUAUAUUAUUUGGAUGACUGCAAUUUCAGCUUUUCUUGGUAAAAUGUAUAUGCAGUCUACAAUUAAACUUAUUUAUGCAUCUAUUUGGGAUUGUUGUACUACAGUGGAAUUAUUCGGAUGAUUGCUUCAUUAUCUGUUAUUUUGCCA